UUGCUAAUGACUGGAUGUAUGUGUGUGUGUGUGUGUGGGUGGGAUUUCUGGACUGCUGGAGAAUUCAUGAGGCAGCCUCUUGUCUUGAUGUGAGUUGGAGGAGAGGGGGGCACAUUGACAGGAAUGGACAGUUUAAUUAAUAACCACCAUCCAUUUCUCCCUGACCUCAACUGGUCACACAUGCUUUCACUGGAGCCCAGACACAAGCAGUUUAAUGUUUAUUAGCAAAUAUUGAUUGAGCUGUAGCUCACAGCGUGGAUACCAGAAACAAGUCUAAAAAAGAGGAAAGCCAGUGGGCAGGAAUUCAACAUCAACUGACCAGCAUAAGAAGUUAAGCAGAAGCUUGCUACUAUCCAGUCCAACCUGUGUUUUCUGACUUGGCACCCGACGACCCUCCUGAAUGAAUGAGUGGGUGGGCCUCGACAUCAAUGUGGUGGGACCUCUGCAACUCCCACCCAGCGAUGAAUUCUCCAUCUCAGAGAGCUCCCACUUGUUUGAUAUCCUGGCAGAUCAAGACAGUCCUCUCCUGCAGGAUCCCGACAUCUUCAACAGCUAUCCCAGCAUGCAGUACCAGUCCAUGGAGCCGACCAUGCCUUCCACACCAUACUACUCCAGUGAGAACUACUAUCCUCAGUACAAUGGAGACGAAUGGUACUCACACACAGGGAUAUAUGAACUGAGAAAGGGACCUCUGGAGGUUGGCUAUGAUGCUGAGAUGGAGGAGGUGUCUGCUGUGGUGCCUGUGGCGUGUAAGAGGACUCGGCACAUGUCGCACGCUGGAAGGGUCAAAGGGGAGGAACUGUGUGUGGUGUGUGGAGACAAGGCCUCUGGAUACCACUAUAAUGCUCUCACCUGUGAGGGUUGUAAAGGUUUCUUCAGACGGAGCAUAACCAAGAAUGCUGUGUACAAAUGCAAGAGUGGCGGAAACUGUGAGAUGGACAUGUACAUGCGCAGGAAAUGCCAGGAGUGUCGGCUAAGAAAGUGCAAGGAGAUGGGCAUGCUGGCUGAAUUGAAGCCUUCAUCACCACUGGCAGGCCUGCUGACAGAGAUCCAGUGUAAGUCCAAAAGGCUGCGGAAGAACACCAAGUCCUCCCCGGGACAGUCGACCGGAGACGAGACAGAGGUGGCAGACAACACGGAUAACAAACAGGUUACCUCAACCACCAAACUGUCGAAGGAAAAAGUGGAACUCACCAAAGAGCAGCGGGCACUUGUGAAAGCCAUCGUAGAUGCUUACAACAGACAUCAAAUUCCUCAGGACGUGACCAAAAAAUUGCUACAAGAACAGUACAGCGCAGAGGAAAACUUCCUCCUAUUGACAGAAAUGGCAACAAGUCAAGUUCAAGUUCUCGUGGAGUUUACAAAAAAUAUUCCAGGCUUCCUCUCUCUGGAUCGGGAGGAUCAGAUCGCUUUGCUGAAGGGUUCGGCUGUGGAGGCCAUGUUUCUGCGCUCAGCUCAGGUUUUAAGCAAAAAAUUGCCCAAAGGACACACACAAGUUUUGGAAGAGAGGAUACGCAAGAGUGGUAUAUCAGAGGAAUUCAUGACACCCAUGUUCAACUUUUACAAAAGCAUCGGUGAACUCAACAUGGCGCUGGAGGAACAGGCUCUCCUCACCGCCAUAACCAUCCUGACACCAGAUCGGCCUUACGUGAAGGAUCAUGGGGCUGUCGAGAGACUUCAGGAGAUGAUGUUGGAUGUGCUGAGGAAGCUGUGUGUCCUGCAGCACCUGCAGGAGCCGCAGUACUUUGCUCGUCUCUUGGGCCGCCUGACGGAGCUGAGAACACUCAACCAUCAACACGCAGAGAUGCUCACGUCCUGGAGAAUGAACGACCACAAAUUUACACCGCUGCUGUGUGAGAUCUGGGAUGUGCAGUGACACACAGGGAUGAUAACAUGAACAUUUCAACUAGCAAGAAAAGUCAUAGUGCAUAUUUAUACUGGAUGAUAUGAGGACAUGGAGAGGAAUCCCUGCAGCACCUGUUGAUGGCAUUAGACAUGAAUCUGUGUUUAUUUUGCUCAUGGAUUUUUUAUUUACCAUGUGAUUCAGCCAACUCAGACUUGUCUAAUGUUUGAGAUGUUAUUACAGGGUUUUUAGUUCAAAGAGGAAACUGUUUAAAAGUUGGGAUUUGGCAUACUACUACAUGCAAAAUGUUUCAAGUCCCAAUGUGAUAAGUUUUGAAAAGUACAAACACUGAAACUUAUUCAGAGCAAAUAUGGUGCUCAUUAGAAGUGUAAAGUUAGGAUUACAUUGAGUUUGAUAAUGGCUUGGCAUAUUUUUUAUUUGUGAAACUCAUAGUACUUUCUACAUUUACUUGCUGUAAGCAUACAAAAUUUGUGCGUUCUGACUCCAAAAAAUGGACAGGAAAAAGAUUUGCAUUGGAACAUUUAUAGCUAAUUUUCAUACAUAGAGACAUAAUAUCUGGGACAUCUGGAAAAAAAUAUUUUCUGUCCUCUUUAAAUGGAUAGUCUGGAUAUUCUGAUGUGGUGUUGUCAGUGUGUUACCUACAAGAGAUGAUGAUCAGUUUAAGUGUACAGUAUAUUUGUAAUAUUUUGCCUGCCAUCAGAACACCCCGUUUACAUUCAAACAGGUGAACUGAAGCCAUAUGCUCUCAUCAAAGCCGCCAGAUUCCUUUUAAAAAACUCAAUUCUUUUGUGAAUUUGAUGAAUCCAAUCUAAACCUUUAACACACCAAAGUCAAACAAUAACGCAAACAAACUAACUGAUAGAGACAGUGGUAGAUCUCAACUCCAAAUUAUGUCAGGUAAAAUUUGUUUUUUUCCUCCAAACUAUCCCUUUAAUCUUUUUGAAACUUUAGUUCAAUAAACUAAACUGAAUUAUCUUCAAAUUACUGCAAAAAUAUAGACUAAAUGUUAAAAUAUUAUUGUCCCUGAUAAAAUAUGGCAUUAGACUUUGUAACCCACAACAACAACAACAACAACAACUAACAAAAACAAUGACUUUUUAUGCCUUAUUUAUGCCUACAUUUAAUCUUCUGCUAAUAUUUUAUUUCAGUGGGGUAUCAGAACAAAUGCACCCCAGUUACAGGACCAUAACUGUGUUUUUGCAUGUUUUUAGCCAAUUUUCUAUGAUUAA